CUGGAAGGAAACAGGUACCACUCUUUAUUUUUCCUGUUCUUUUUGUUUAAAGAAUCUGACAGAAAGAAGAGUACACAUAAGAUUGAGUCAACAUGUCUGUCAAAGACUUAAGGGAAAGCAAUGUCGAUGUUGACAGACAACGAUUGUUACAAGCUAAUAGAACUGUCAUUGCUGCUUCAAGUGCUGCGGUAACAUCUGUUUUGGCAGGGUUUCCUUUUGAUUCCAUUAAAACUCGCAUGCAAACCCAUUACUAUACAUCCAUUCUAGAUUGUGCCAAAGUAACCUAUGCUGAAGAAGGUGCUCGCGGCUUUUUUCGUGGCAUGAUUCCACCACUCGUCACUGUCAGUAUCAUCAAAUCCGUUUCCUUCUCCAUUUAUGAAGGCACUAAGAAACACUUGCUUAGCAAUGGAUUUCGCUUUGACAAUUUAAAUUCUGUAACACAAGUUGCUGCUAUCGGUGGUGGUGUCAGUGGAGCCUUUAUCGGUAUCUUGAGUUGCCCUUUGGAGCUUGUCAAGAUCCAACGUCAGUUAGAACAAAUGAUACUUAAAAGCGAAAUAGAAUCAGGCCGUGUAUCAGCAUCAGAAGCAGCCCCAAAUCAGUCUUCUACAAGCUGGCAUGCUGUGAAGCAAAUUGUAAAGCGUAAAGGCAUAUUUGGCUUAUGGAGUGGAUUAGGUUGUCAUUCAGCCCGAGAUGCACUGGGUACAAGUAUUUAUUUUGGAGGCUAUGAGUCUAUGAAAUAUAUACUAUCCAAACAGGGACAAGAUGGAAGCCCUAUAGUUCAUUUCAUGUCUGGAGGGUUUUGUGGUAUUCUCAGUUGGCUUUUUGUGUUUCCUGUAGAUGCUAUCAAGACCAAUCUACAGAAGGACAUCAUGAUGCCCAAGCCGAAAUAUGCUGGUGUUCUAGACUGCACACGGAGAUUGGUAAAGAAGAAUGGCAUCAAAGGUCUUUAUAGAGGUCUUAGUGUGACACUUCUUCGAGCAUUUCCUAUUCAUUCACUCAACUUUUUGGUUUAUGAGCAGGUUCUCAAAUCGAUACCACCUUUACCAUCCACAGUACACCACUAGUUAUUUAUUGUUUUAUAGAUAAAGUCUCCAAAGACAAUUUUGUUCCAUUGACUGCAAUAGCCUAUAUAGUACGACAUAGUUAACAAAAUAAAUGCAUUUACCAUAAAAAUAAAAUGUUUGAAUAGAUUAUUUCGCUUUGUUGGAGCAGUUGGUCAGAUUAAAUAGAAUAUACUGACUUGAUCAAGCUUACAUUGGGCAAAAAGCUACUUUUAUAUAUAUAUUGUAGUUUGAAUAAAUUGUAUGUAUCAUUCGCUAGUCAAUUCCAUUGAGAAUUACAAUGCGAUAGAUGCAUGAGAUAGCUCAUAAUGAUGCAUUGCAAUCAAAUUACAACUAUCAGCCAAAAAAAA